AUGAGAGAAGUUAUUUCUUUGAACGUUGGUCAGGCUGGUUGCCAGAUUGCCAACUCCUGCUGGGAGCUCUACUGCCUUGAGCACGGUAUCCAGGCCGACGGUUACUUGACCGAGGAGCGCAAGAAGGAUGACCCCGACCACGGAUUCAGCACCUUCUUUUCCGAGACUGGUCAGGGCAAGUAUGUCCCUCGUACCAUUUACUGCGAUCUGGAACCCAAUGUUGUGGAUGAGGUCCGCACCGGUACCUACCGCAGUCUUUUCCACCCCGAGAACAUGAUCACUGGCAAGGAGGAUGCCUCGAACAACUAUGCCCGUGGUCACUACACCGUCGGCAAGGAGAUGAUCGACCAGGUCCUCGACAAGGUCCGCCGUGUUGCCGACAACUGCGCUGGUCUCCAGGGUUUCCUGGUCUUCCACUCCUUCGGUGGUGGUACUGGUUCCGGUUUCGGUGCUCUCCUGAUGGAGCGUCUGUCCGUUGACUACGGCAAGAAGUCCAAGCUGGAAUUCUGCGUUUACCCUGCUCCUCAGAACGCCACCUCCGUUGUUGAGCCCUACAACUCUAUCCUCACCACCCACACCACCCUUGAGCACUCCGACUGCAGCUUCAUGGUUGACAACGAGGCCAUCUACGACAUCUGCCGCCGCAACCUCGGCAUCGAGCGCCCUAGCUACGAGAACCUCAACCGCCUGAUCGCCCAGGUUGUCUCUUCCAUCACCGCUUCCCUCCGUUUCGACGGUUCCCUCAACGUCGAUCUCAACGAGUUCCAGACCAACCUGGUCCCCUACCCCCGUAUUCACUUCCCUCUGGUGGCCUACGCCCCCGUCAUCUCCGCGGACAAGGCCUCCCACGAGUCCAACUCCGUCAGCGAGAUCACCAUGAGCUGCUUUGAGCCCAAUAACCAGAUGGUCAAGUGUGAUCCCCGCAACGGCAAGUACAUGGCCACUUGCCUGCUGUACCGUGGUGAUGUCGUCCCCAAGGAGACCCACGCUGCCGUGGCCACCCUGAAGACUAAGCGCACCAUCCAGUUCGUCGACUGGUGCCCUACUGGUUUCAAGAUCGGUAUCUGCUACCAGCCUCCCCAGCAGGUCCCCAACGGCGACCUUGCCAACCUCAAGCGCGCUGUCUGCAUGCUGUCCAACACCACCGCCAUCUCCGAGGCCUGGUCCGCUCUCGACCACAAGUUCGACCUCAUGUACUCCAAGCGUGCUUUCGUCCACUGGUACGUUGGUGAGGGUAUGGAGGAGGGUGAAUUCUCCGAGGCCCGUGAGGACCUGGCUGCCCUUGAGCGCGACUACGAGGAGGUUGCCAGCGACUCCCUGGAGGAGGAGGUUGAGGCCGAGUACUAG